CACGAAAUAAAGAUUCGCUCAGUCGUUUGUAAUACUUUAUUCAGAGCAGAACAUUGUUUUGCACUUACUGAACAUAUUUGAUUAUGGAAUGAUUUAUUUGGAACAAUAUGUUGAUUUAAAACUGAAAUAGACAGCAAACUGUGUGUCACUAUAAAGAAAAUACUGUGCUUACAAGUGUAUCAUUGUAACAUCAUCGAAACUAACAAAAAAUUGCAAAACAUCGAAUCAUGUGAUUUAUCCGUUUUGUGUUUAUUUGUGUAUCUAUAUCUGUUUUAUCACUUUUCUGUGGUAUGUCUACGACACAGAUAGAUAAGCAAUUUCGAACAUAGAUCAAACGCGUCAUACAGACUGAAUGGCUUGUUUUGCUUGGCUCCCAAAUGAGAUUCUGGAAAACAUAUUUCAGCAUUUGGAUUUCAAGAAUCGCAGAAAUCUAUCCUUAGUAUGCAGACGAUGGAACGAAAUUCUACUGUCGGAACGAUAUCUACGAAGGCAUGUUAUUUUACAUAUCGAGGGAUGCCGACUACUGGAUGGAAAAGCAUAUUUCAGCAGAGAUUAUGAAGCUAUGUCAAUCAAGCUAGAUAAUCAGUAUUGCAAUGAGAUGGCGAAGAAUCUAAGACUAGUCAAUGCUAUUUGUGCCAGCCCGGAGUAUUUGCGAAUCGAUAAUAGGAGUAAUGAUCAGCGAUUUGCGUUAGUUUUCGGAAACGUUUUCUUCGGUCUGGAAAACGUAGAAAAACUUCAUCUGUUAGGAACGUGUAAAACGGAAAAAGGCUAUUUAUGUUCGUCUUUGAAUAAUUUGAAAAGUUUAAAAAUUGAAUCAACAAACGUAGAAUACUUUAGAUUGAUCGCUCCACAGUUAACAGAAUUGUAUUUAUAUGUAUGUUCGGAAGAUCACAUGGAUCUAUUACCACAAUUUGCUGAUCAACUGAUUAAACUGACGGUGGUGUUUGAGAGCAAAGAUAUUUAUUACUUUUAUAAUCUCAACUUUUCGCUUCUUUCGGAGCUUGCUGUGGAUAGGCGAUUGAAAGGAAUGACCAAAAGCGAACAGGAUAUCAGUAUUACGUUCUUUAGAAGACUUAAGCAACUGCAGAAAUUGCAUCUCUCGGUAAAAUUUAUCGAUAGCUAUGUUUUGCAAAUGAUUUCAACAGGAAUGUCUAACCUAACUGAGUUAAGUUUGACAGUUAGUGAAGGUACAAUAGAGCUUUCCAAUAUUAACAAGCUGUUGAUGUUGCAAAAGCUAAAAAUCGAAGCAGAGAAAGUAAACCUUCUGGACGCAAAGUUCCCGCAUUUGAGGCAUCUGACCUUAGGUUCUCCAGAUUUUCGUACCGGUACAUACGUUUACGCCUUCGAGAACUUAAUGAUCUUCGACAGUUUGCGCAAUCUUGGUCUUCACAACGUCAAGUUUUACCCAGAAGUGCUCAAACUAACGCCUUCCUACAACGUUGAAGUUAUGUUUAUCACAAACUACAAACGCUUGGAAGAGGCUCAUUUGCAGAUGCUGGUCAGGCGGUUUCCCGCCGUAAGAUGGCUUAAGAUUGCACACUGUCCGGGUUUUACAGCGCGAGAAGUGGAAAAGCUCAAACGGAUGAAUCCCAAACUGCAGGUUGCUUUCGACGAAGUAACUCAGGGACGACUGUGAUAGAAUCGAUUACGUACAUGCGUACAAUACGUGUCGUUGUUAUAAAGAUUUCACGUUAUUUGUUCUGUUAA